AUGGCCCUGGCGGCAAUGUUGGCACAAAAAGUAGAGAAACUGGAGAGAGCCAUCUAUUACAUCAGUAAGAAACUCCUUGCUUAUGAGGAGAAUUAUUCACUAAUAGAAAGUACCUAUCUGGUUGUAGUAUGGGCAACUAAGAAGUUAAGGCACUACUUUCAGACCCAUCGAGUUAUUGUAGUAUCCCGGAUGGAUCCUUUAAAGUACCUAUUUGAAUUAUCGAUGCUAGUUGAAAAAUUGGCCAAAUGGUUGGUCCUACUGUCUGAAUUUAAUAUUGUGUAUGAGACUCAAAAAACUAUCAAAGGGCAUGUAGUGGCCAAAUUUAUUUCUGAAAAUCCAGUUAAUGAAGAGGAAGAACUCGAAACAGCCUUCCCGGAUGAGAGUCUCAAGCUAAUAGAGGUCCAGCCAUGGAAAAUGUACUUUGAUGGGGCCAUGAAUAAGAGUGGAGCCGAAUAUGAGGCUUGCAUUUAUGGCCUAGAGGCAUUAAUAGCUGUUGGGGCUAAAAAAGUGGAGGUGUUCGGAGAUUCAAUGCUAGUGGUUUCACAUGUUAAAGGUGAAUGGGAAUUGAAAGAAGAAAAUUUGAGGCCAUACCUAGAGUAUGCUAAGAAACUAUUAUUUAGCUUUGAGGAAGUGAUAAUGAAGCACAUGCCUAGAGCUCAGAAACAGAUGGCUGAUGCUCUAGCCACGCUGGCAUCCUUAUGGGAGAAGGGUGAUCAGAAGCUGACCCAGCCAGUUAUCCUGAUGAGGAGUAGAAUCCCAUGCUAUGAAGGGUUAAUAAUAGCACAUUUAGAUCUAAAAGAUGAGAUGAAAUGGUAUGAGGACAUAAGAAGAUAUUUAGAGGUAAGAGAAUACCCACAGUCAGCCAAUAGUAGGGAUAGAGCUAUAAUUCGUAGAUUACCCACUCAGUUCACUUUGGCUGGGGGGCAACUCCACAAAAGGUUCUUCGAAGGAAUAUUGCUCUUGUGUGUGAUAAAAAAGUAG